GAAGCGGAAUAUAGAGAAUCGUCAUUCAUAAGAAAGUAUAUAGACGAAAUAUAAUUAUAUUCCUAGAAAUAAUAAUCAAAAAACAUAAGAGAAAGAAAGGAGAUUGAUUUAAUACUUGAUAAACAAAAAAGGAAAGUUAAUAAAGAACCUAAUCAAACCUGGUCCAAACUUAAUAAAAACCGCCAAGUUAAAAAGUCUAAGGAAAGGAGACCGCCGUAAAGACUUGUCCAUUUACAAAAUAAUUUCAAAACAGAUUAAAAAGAAAAUAAUAUGGCUAGCAAUAAUUUUAAAAUGAAUCAAAACUAGAUGCUAGGAGGAUAUCCUCUAAACACAGCAGCUGGAUAAAAUCAAAUGAUACGCCCUCUAAUAAAUGUCAGUAAUAAUUAAAAUGACAGUAUGUAGUGCAGCGAAGUUAUCACAUAAAAUCUUACAAAUGGCUUUAUUCAAAGCUCAAUUAAUCAAAGCACUAACAAUGAUAUUAGCAGCUUUGAAAGAGGCCCCGAUAAAAGACAAAAGUUAAACGAUGGAAAUAUGGGACCGAGCAAUAAUAAUAAUUUAGGGUUAUAGGGAGGAAACUAGAUGGGAGGUUUGCAAAACCAAAACUUUUAGGAUAGAAAGAACGACAAUAAUUUCAAUAACUUAACUACUUAAAAGGAAAAUGAAAAAAAGAAUACACAGAAUCUUCUGAAAGAAUUUGAUGCCAUGCAAUUUCGCUAUUCAAAUGAAGAGUAUAGCCAUUAAAUAAACAGAUUCUGUAAAAGAAUAGCUUCGGAAAAGCAUGCUUAAGAAAUAGCUUGCAAAUUCCCUCUUUAUAAAAUGAUACGUGCUAUAAUUAAAAAGUUUUUAUUUAAUGAGUUGGAGUUGAUCUUUUUUGGCUAUGUGCUGGAAGAAAGCAAGUGGAAAGUAGAUGAUAUCGAAGUGCGUAAAUAGGCCUAUUUUAUGAAUGACUUCCUCAACAUCACUGAAGUUAAGGAUGUCUUAGAUUAUAAAUCUGUUCUUCUCUAUUUGAUAUUGAUGGCAUAUGCAGUGAAGUUUUAUCUUAACGAUGAGUAGGAAAUGCGUGUAUUCAACUAGCACAUGCAUACAAUUGUUAAAGACUUCUCAUAACUCUUUUAGUAUUGGUCAAAGAUAUAUGGAACAACAGCUCUUAAAAUUAUCCCUAAGUCUCUUAACAGAGUUUACCGUAAUCUUAGCAGACGUCCUAAUGAGUAAAACAAAAAGUUGCAUGAAGAUUAUAACGCUCUAGUUGAUGCAAUCAUUUAAAUAUCACCUCCAUAUAAUAAUGAGAAAGGAGGAGAAGGUUCAGCAGCAUAAGCUCCGUAAGAAUCUGGAAAACAAAGCAAAGGUUCAGGAAAAAAUAAUGGUUCUUCGAUGAAUCUAUAAGAAUCAAAUUAAGGAUCUAAUCUUACAAAAGCCUCUAUGAAUUUUUAAUCAACUUAAAAGGAUUAUCUCUAGAAGAUAGUAGAAUAAAAGCAAUAAGAAGAGUAGCGUAAAUAGCAGUAAUCAUAGCAAUAGCUCUAGCAAUAAUCUUAAUAGCAAUAGCAAGGAUAAGCUAAUUAGCCAAUACAACCUUAGAUUAGUAAAAACAUAGUAAAUAAGCCGAUAGCAGGCAGUGGAUUGGAUAGUCUAGGUGGAUAUAAUUAAACAGGAUUUUCUCAAAAUAACUUUUUAAAUCAAUAAGGCUAGAAAUUUGCAGGCAAUAAUUCAGUUCAGCCAUCAUAAAACUAGUAGAAUCGUGAAUUAGGCGAAUUCCAAAGCGAUUUUAUUAAUCCAAGUGCCACAGGCAUUUUAUCAUCUGAUGCUUCUCAAUUAUAAAAGAAGGAUCUCAAUUUCCUCUAAUUUAAUAGCAAUGGGAAUAUUAACGAAAACUUUGAUUUCUUAAAUAUGAAUGCCAUGAAUCCAUCUAACAACAGUUAUAACUUUAACAAUAAUUAUAGUCUAAAUUUAGGAAUGUAAAACUAUCCCUCAUUCUUAGGAAUUUAAUCUAGCCAAGCCUAAUUCGAUGGAGCAAAUAAAAAUGUAAGCUUCAAUUAAGCAAAAUCAGGAGCACAAGGUAUUCAGAUUUAGCAUAUGGGUUAAGGACCCUCAACUCCAAAUUUACCUGGACAAUCACUAAAUAGCUAAAAUUUCGGACUUCAAUCAAGUGGAAAUUUCGAAGCUAAUAAUCCUAAUGCCUAAGCAGGAAACGUGUCUACUAAUUUAGGAUAGUCUGGAGUUUUCAACACAUCUAAUAUAGCUUUUUCUAAUGGAUUUAUAGGAUAAGGUAACAGUUCUUUUAAUUCACAUCCAGUUGGAUUCAAUUAGCUUUAAUACUUUUAAAAUUAAAACUUCCUCAAUUAAUAACAACAACAAUAAAAAAAGAAUUGA